AUGCGGCACUUCAUACUGGUUGAUAAACUAGACGUUCCUAUGAUGGUAGAUGCGUUCAUCCACAGAGUAUUUUCACUCCAUGGCGCCCCUGAAUUCAUCACCUCAGACAGAGGGUCUCAGUUUGUUUCACAGUUCUGGCAACGAUUAGCAGAACGCCUGGGAUCCAGGCUCAAGCCCUCGUCUGCGUAUCACCCUUCGACGAAUGGGCAGACGGAGAUCAUGAACGCCGUGUUGGAGCAGUACCUUCGCAUCUAUAUAUCGCUAAAUCAGGACGAUUGGGUUGAUCAUCUGCCCCUUGCAGAGUUUGCCUCCAACAACGCCGUCUCCAGUACCACGAAGUUCUCACCGUUUUUUGUUAACUAUGGUUGGAAUCCACGCCUAGGGAUCGAGCCACCUUUACCAAGACCGCCAAACCUGUCAAAAGAUGAGACACGAGAAUGGGACAAGGCUGACAAGCACGCUGAGCUGAUGAAAGACCUUCUUGACCAGCUCCGGCACAAUAUGGCACAAGCACAGGAAGACCACGAGCUAUACACGAACACCAGGAGAGGCGGUGCCCCCGCGUACAAAAUCGGAGACUUGGUCUGGCUAAGCUCUGAGAACAUCGUCACUCAGCGGCCCUCCAGGAAGCUUAGCGACAAAUGGCUUGGCCUUUUUGCCGUAUCACGAACAUACAAAAGAGCAUGCGCUCUCGAGCUUGACGGACGGUUCAAUGGCAUCUUCCCUGUUUUUCACCACUCGUUGUUGCGACCAGUUAAGGAACCAAGGACAAGGGAGCAGGCCAAGAUCAACAAGGACUCUCAAGACGACCAGGAGGGCCUUAUCAUCGUUCCGGAUGAACGAGGCCGCAUGCAGAGGAAGUGGAUAUUCGAUAAAGUUACCAACAGCCGUAUGCACCAGAAGGAGGGGCUGCAGUAUUACGUCGAGUGGCAGGAUGGCACAGCAUCGUGGCAGCCUGCUCGCAACCUCCAGGGUUGUCACUGGAUACUGUACGAGUUUCACCGAAAUAACGAAGGUAAACCAGGACCUCCAGGGUGGUAUCGCAAGAAGGAAGCCCUAGAGCAGAGGGAUUGGCACGAAAGAAGGACAGAGAGUGAAUCAGAGUCAAGUGACAGCGAUUCAGAGGAAUCAGGUGAAAACUCCGGAGAGAGCGACGAUAACACUGAUUUUGAUCUCUGA